AACCAGUUCCGACCUGUCUUUGAACAAAACAAAAUCAUCCAGACAAAAUAGUGAAUAACAAAUAUUACGCAGAUACUACAUCAUCGCACUAUGCAUACCUUGUACGCGCUUCUGAAGAACAAGCUGAGCGAUGUGCAUCCCCUACACAACAUCGAUCUGACGCGGGAUGUGGCCUACUUGAAGGCGGUGGUGACCAAGGAGAUGCACUUGCAAUUCGACGCCAGCGAGUUGGAGAUCAUCCACCACGGACGCGUGCUGGAGGACGCGGACACCCUCAACCGAAUGCUGCAGCCCAACGCCGUGAUCCACUGCUUUCAGAAGAUUAAACGUUACUCGCCGUAUGUGCCGCCAGCGGCCACAGAGAUCAACACGAAGCAUAUCCAAGAGCUGUUUUCGUUGACCUCGCACCUGCAGAUCAGCGUUACCUCGCGGUUCAACAUUCUGCAGAAGAUACUCGCCGAGUAUCCGGAAUUUAGGCGAAAUCUGGGGGCGCAGGCUCUUAUUCGCGACUCCGUACUGUUUAACAUGCUGCACGAGCCGGAGGUGGUCCAGAAUCUCGUUAAGGAUUAUCCCCUCAUCUGCGAGGCCGCUCCAUUCAUAGUGGACACUAUUCGCAAGGAACUAGCCAGGAAUAGCUCGGCCACGCAGUUGCAGGAGCAGGCUGCCUCGGAGUCCACGACUUCGUCAGAGGAGGAAAACUCUCUGGGUGCAGGCAGCAGCAGCAGUGGUGGAAGCAGUAGCACAGCCGUGGCAGCUGCUGCGGCCGCCAAUCGGCGUGAUGAGAUGGCCAACAUACGUCAGAUUAGCCGCCAGCAACUGGCUAACGCAUUGGCUAACGUGACCUCGUUUAAUUCACUGUCGAAUAUUGCGCAGAGAAACGCGGACGAGGCCCUGCAGGGUGAUGAAAGACCAAGAACCACAUCGGCGCCACUAGCAGGCGUUGGAGGAGCAUCGGGAACAGGCGCAGGAAGCAGCAGUGGAGCCAUCAGCAGCGGAUCCAUAUCGUCAGAGUUGUUCCGCAAUGAGCUGGCCCGCGCUUUUCAGUCCCUGUCGCAGGAUCAACCGGCGCCGGUGGAGAACAUGGAGGUGGAAUCCGGAGGAGGACCAGUACCAGAGCGAGACGGCACAGCAGCAGCCGAUGAUGUGGAUGACGAGGACGAUGGUGGAGACGACAGUGAUGUGCUGCCACGCCGCUAUCGUCGCCAUCGGUUCACCGAACAACUGCGUACCAUGGCCGCCAUGGGCUUCAUUAAUCACACUCAGAACGUUAGUUAUCUAGAACUUUCCGAUGGUAAUGUGGAACACGCUAUUAAUCUGCUUAUGUUGAGCAUGAAUUAAUAAGGAUCGGAAUUGACUACAAAGCCAACAUAAUGUGCUUAUUUUACGGACUUAUAUUUAUUCUGCUGCUGAGGAUUCUGAAGCAUUAAACUCCCAACUUAAGCAAGGAAUAUCUCUUGAGAACUUGUAAUAAUUAAAUAUACAUUUAGAGGAGU